ACAAACCAAAACCCCCAAAUUUGUAAUUCAGGAAAAAUAAAUUAAAAAUAACAAACCCUACAUAAACCCUGGAACUUCUAUUCCCCCAAAACCCCCAAUUGAUUGGCGUCUUCGCCAAUACUCCCUCUUUUCUUCUUCUCCAAGCAAAUUUCUUCACCGCUCUUCAUUUUUCAGUUUUAUGCACUCUCCAAACCACAAUAAUCCAUUACCAAUCUGCACAAUUAACUGAUUAAUUUUUUUUUUCUCCGAUGGCUAAAAAUUGUGCAUCAGGGGUUUUAGCUACCCUAGCUUAUGCUACUUUUGGCGUUGAUCGUGCUUAUGCAGAUGGGCCCUUUAAUUUUUCCCCAUUUGGCAGUUCUUCUUCAGCGCCACCAGCUGCUCAGCAGCCGACUUCGGAGCCGGCUAAGCCGCCAUCUGAGCCGGCGGCGGCCGAGCCACCGCGGGUUCGCAAUGAUCAUCCGAGGACUACGUCUGCUGGGUUCGACCCCGAGGCAUUGGAAAGGGGGGUCAAGGCUUUGAAGGAGAUUACUAGUUCUUCACAUGCUAAGAAGGCAUUCGAAGUGAUGAAAAAGCAAGAAGAAACAAGACAACAAGAGUUUUCCUCAAAAUCAGCGGAGUUCAAGGCAUUGCAAGCUCAAGCUGAAGCGGAGAGACAAAGGGUAAUUUACGAUGAACAGAAAAAGCUUGCUCAGCAACAAGCACAAAUAAAAUCUCAGAUGGCUAGGUACGAGGAUGAAUUGGCCAGAAAAAGGAUGCAGGCAGAGAACGAACAUCAAAGAGCUAGAAAUCAAGAACUCGUAAAAAUGCAAGAGGAAUCAGCUAUGAGGCAAGAGGCAGCUAGACGAGCAUCCGAGGAACAAAUUCAAGCACAACGUCGCCAAACUGAAAGGGAGAAGGCUGAGAUAGAGCGUGAAACUAUAAGGGUUAGGGCUAUUGCAGAAGCAGAGGGAAGAGCCCACGAAGCUAAACUUGCAGAGGAUGUUAAUAGAAGAAUGCUUGUCGAACGUGCAAAUGCAGAGCGGGAGAAAUGGGUCGCUGCUAUUAACACGACUUUUGAUCACAUUGGAGGGGGUAUGCGAGCUAUUUUAACAGAUCAGAAUAAACUGGUUGUAGCUGUUGCAGGGGUAACGGCUCUAGCAGCAGGAGUCUACACGACCAGAGAAGGUGCUCGUGUGAUUUGGAGUUACGUGGACAGAAUAUUAGGACAACCAUCUCUAAUCCGAGAAUCUUCUCGAGGGAAAUACCCGUGGUCUGGAUUGCUCUCGCGUUCCAUGAGUGCACUUUCUGGUGCUGCUAAUAAAAGUUCCACCUCCCAAAAUGGAAAUGGUUUUGGUGAUGUUAUUUUACACCCUUCUCUCCAAAAACGGAUUCAACAGUUGGCUAGUGCGACAGCAAAUACAAAAGCUCAUCAGGCGCCGUUUAGAAACAUGCUCUUUUAUGGUCCUCCAGGAACAGGGAAGACAAUGGCUGCUAGGGAGCUUGCCCGUAAAUCUGGCCUUGACUACGCACUGAUGACUGGAGGUGACGUGGCGCCACUUGGCUCGCAGGCUGUUACAAAGAUACACCAGCUCUUCGAUUGGGCCAAGAAAUCCAACAGGGGCUUGUUGCUUUUCAUUGACGAAGCAGAUGCAUUCUUGUGCGAGCGAAACAAAACCUACAUGAGUGAAGCCCAAAGGAGCGCGCUCAACGCACUCCUAUACCGAACAGGCGACCAAUCAAAGGACAUAGUUCUCGCACUCGCCACAAAUCGGCCUGGCGAUCUCGAUUCUGCUGUGUCGGAUCGAAUUGAUGAAGUCUUGGAAUUUCCAUUACCAGGUGAAGACGAACGAUUUAAGCUGCUUAAGCUGUAUUUGGACAGAUACAUAGCGCAAGCAGGGGCGAGAAAACCGGGCCUGUUUUCAAACUUGUUCAAGAAACAGCAGCAGAAGAUUGAGAUUAAGGGAGUUAGUGACGAGAUUAUUAAGGAAGCUGCUGCGAAGACUGAGGGAUUUUCGGGUAGAGAGAUAGCCAAGCUUAUGGCGAGUGUUCAGGCGGCGGUUUAUGGCAGUGAGGACUGUGUGUUGGAUGCGAGUCUGUUUAGGGAAGUGGUGGACUAUAAAGCUGCCGAGCAUCAGCAGAGAAAGAAACUUGCUGGAACUGGAGAAGUUGCUGAGUGAGUUGAAUUCUUUUGAUUUAAUUGUAUUAUUUGGCAGUAUGAUUUAAAAAUAGAAGUUUGUAAUGGCCCGGUUUUUUUUUUUUAUUCUGGGAACACGGUGGUUAAUUGUUUUCCCUCGG